CCUCAGGUUCUCCUUUUCCACGAACUCCUCCGAUAUUAUCUUGAAAAAAGUUGGAUUCUGGGAAUGGACAUAUCCUUGGUCUGGUUUCUUCAGUUCCUCAACAUCUCUCUCUCUCAACCGAGUGACCUAUAAAAACAACUGGGUGAUACUGACUACUAAAAAUAUCCAUUGAAGUAAGGUUAUACUCAUUUACGUGAUGCCGAGGGAGAGGGAUCCUUUGGUUGUAGGUGGGGUAAUAGGAGAUGUGAUAGACCCCUUUAAUAGAUCCAUAUCCCUUAGAGUCACCUACAAUUCCAGAGAUGUUAGUAAUGGAUGCGAGUUUAAACCCUCUGCUGUUGUCAACCAACCCAGAGUUGAUAUCGGAGGAGAUGACCUUAGGACUUUCUUCACACUGGUUAUGGUCGAUCCUGAUGCGCCGAACCCAAGUGACCCAAGCUUAAGAGAAUAUCUGCAUUGGUUGGUGACGGACAUCCCAGCAACUACUGGUGCGAGUUUCGGACAAGAGAUUAUUUGCUAUGAGUGCCCACAGCCAACAGUUGGGGUACACCGCUUUGUGUUCAUGCUUUUCCGGCAACUUGGUAGACAGACGGUCUUCGCUCCAAGGUGGCGCCAUAAUUUCAACACCAGAAACUUUGCUGAACUCUACAAUCUUGGGUUACCAGUUGCUGCCGUUUAUUUUAACUGCAAGAGGGAGAAUGGAACUGGUGGAAGAAGACAAUAAGGAAGCCGCGUGCUCUUGGUUAAAUUUAUGUAAGAUUUCCUCUUUAUGAAUUAUGGUUUAAUUUGCCUAGCUUAUAUUUAGAGCUAGUAUAGCGCGCCUAAGCCCUAAAGUGCAAUUAUAUUUCCUUGUAAUAAAUGAUGGUAUAAUAUCUACUGGUUAUCUUAUUACCAAAAGGAGAACGCAGAAUAAGCAAGGGCGGAGCUAGGAUUUGAGGGAUAGGGAUUGAUAUUGGAGUGGAUUUAGUCUAAUCCGGUCCUGUCUAAUGUAAGCCUAUUAUAAAUAGACCAGGUUCAAUCCAAUUCAAUGAAUAUUUUAGAUCA